GGUGGGGACAGAAAGCAUAUUUCUACUUGUCACGAGCAUUUCGCGGUCAUUCAAUAACAGACGUCGGUCGCAGCACGCAGCAGCACAAAGCGUAAAGCAACCCGAUGGCUACAACAACAACCGCAGCAACGGCGACGACGGCCACGUCAGCAACAACAACGUCGGCUGCGACAGAUCCGAUGAUGACAGCUUCAACGUCCACGAGAGCUUCGACAGCCGUCGCGGACUCGACGCCGAUUACAUUAACUACACAAGCGCUCGUUAAUCUCGUUCAAACAACAAUAGCAGAGGUCCUUCGCAAAAAAGUCAGAUGCAGAAGCAGAGGCAGAGGCAAAGGCAGAGGCGGGUGGAGAGUCAGAAGCAAAGGUAGAAACGGAGACAGAGGUCGAUGCAGAGGCAGAGACAAAGGCAGAUGUAGAGGCAGAGGCGAGGAUAGAGCUGAAGGUAGAGGUAAAAGUAGAGACAGAAAGUUCGGGAGGAUAAACAUUUAUUACUGUUCGGAAUAAAAUAUCUUUGCAAAAAACUUACAUAUAUAUUCUUUAUAUCUUUAUGUCAA